AUGAAUCAAGAUCAUCAACAUCCCGUUGGUGCUCCUCCUCCCCAAGGGUAUCCUCCAAAAGAAGGAUAUCCACCGCAAGGAUAUCCUCCGCCGCCACAAGGGUACGGUCAAGGAUAUCCAGCACAAGGCUAUCCUCCGCAAUAUCCUCCAGGUCCACCGUAUUAUGGAAUCAACAAGAAGUUGCCGAGGACAAUAAUACCACUAUCUGAUUCAGAUACAUUUCCUUCUUCAUUCCACAAAACAUCACAAGGGGGAAGAAAGCUAACGAGAGAAGAGUUGGAAAAGUUCAGUAGAGAGAGCACGGAAAAGGCGCUGAUGGAACUGGUUUCUUCACCCGGUUAUGGCGAAUGGGCGGCGAAAAACGCUAAAAGAAUCAGCGUGGAUCCGAGAGAGGAAUCGUCCGGUGAGUUCACUGAUACUGUUAAGCGGCGGAGAUGGUUCUGA